AUGGAGAAGAGUGUCGUGGAGAUGGAAAUAAAUCAUCAAAAAAGUGAUUCUGCUGUAUCAACACCAAGGCCCCUAGGAAUGCUCAUUCGGAUAAACUCAAUAGCUAUAGAUCUUGGUAUGGUUGCAGAAGAGGAUACACAAGAGCACAAACACUUCUGCUUACGUGGAUAUGUUGCUGGCAUGAGGAAAAAGGAUCAAAAGCUUUGUUUGCCUUUUGCUUCACAAGCUAAUGGUGGUGAUUUGGAGGAGAACCUCCCUCCAUUAUACGUCCCCAGAUUUAGAUGGUGGGAUUGCUUAAACUGUAUUUCAGAAUUUAUGAUGGAAAGUAGUUCAGAAGAAAUGAUGAUGGAACAAUCUCCAAUACCAUUAAGCGAAGAAAAAAAUACUAUCGAUACAAAUUCUUCUACCAGAGAUGGAGAAAAAGGCGACAAGCAUGGAUCAGAUGGCUUUGGAAAUAGCAGAAACUGCGGUCAUGUAAAUGAUAUCCCAAACUUUAAUCCACGCUUGACAGCAAGACAUACAGCGACAACAUGCAACAAAAGUGGAGCAAAUGUCAUGGAUAAAGAAGGUCGCAACCAGAGUUUUGAUACAACAGAACCUAAUCCUUGCCAAGCUCAAGAGACACAUACAAAUACAGCGGAUGCUAUAAAAUCUAGAUAUAUUGAUGUCUUAGAGACAAACAAUUUAAGGAAUGAUACUGGCGAUAUCAGUGAUAAGGCUGUAAAUGCUGAUACAGGACAUGCAAUUGGACUCCUUUCAGUCGAAGUGGAUGAGCAGGAAAGUGCAUCAUCUGGAAGUGAUAAUAAUUUAGGUGGAUUGCCACAUAAGAGAAAGCCUAAGUUGCGUUAUCUCACAGAAAUAAUGGAUGGAGAAAAAAUUUCUGUAAACGAUCACCCAAAAGUCAGUGCUUCAUCCAGCGGAAUGCAUACUGUGUCUGCUGAGUUAGGAACUGUUUCAUCUCCUCGUGACCAGGAGGAUUUCCUUGGACAUGUUGGAAAAGGUAUCAGAACUACGCAGAGGAAAAGAAAGAUUGCUCGAGAAGAAAACGAAAGACCCACAGAAAUUAACUCUCCGAGUAGUUCAGCUAAAAAGUUCAGAGCUCCUAAAGUAAAUUCAGAGGACAGACAUGUUGAAAUUUCUGACUCACAAUCAGAAGGAGGUGCAUCUGCACAAUUAGAUAUGCAGAUUGGCGUAAAGAGUCGAAAGAUCAAGCCGAGCAGAAGCAAAGAUCUUGUUCUUGGUAAAAGGAAAAGUCAGAUCCCUAUAGAUGAAGGGUUGCCUCUCCAAGUUCCCGAGCUAGAGGUGCCAAAGAUAAUUUCUUUAGUCUCUACGGAUUUGCCAAAAUAUAAUGUUCCUAGCCUGUCAGGACAAAUGGAACCAAUUUGUAGGAGUUUUCAGUCUACCCAACAAACAGUGUUGAACUCCAACUUUUCCAAGAAUAUGAGGUCUGAACUUGAAGCUGGUCCCAAUCUUCUGAUGGCUCCCAAAAACAGCAAGUUAGGAGAAUGUUUAGUUAAAGAGAAAGUGGCAUUGGAUCUUUCUCUCAACAGCUUUAUGAGUGCAGAAAGAAAUGAUAAUGAUCGGUCAUCAAUCGUGCAACCAAAAGGCAUUCGUAGUAAGGGUCCUCAAAGGAAAGAAUUUCUGUGGGAUCUGAAUGAGAUAAUUACUCAUAAACCUCCUGUGCGGGGAGAGAAUCAAUUUUCAACUGUACUUGAUAAUGGUUAUUUACCUCUGCACGAGAAUUUGGAUAUUUCUUCCUCCUGCAGCAAAGUUAAUGCUGGAGAAGGGCAAGGGCGUCUGGGAGUUUCUGAACCACAAACACAAACUGACCAAGAAACUGAUAAGAGUAUUGAACUUAGAGCAUCAGAUGACAUCCCGAUGGACAUAGUUGAGCUGAUGGCGAAAAACCAACAUGAAAGGUCUCUUGGUAAUUCAAAGAAGUACAUUGUACCAGAGGGGACCAAUAUAGGGUUUCCUGCCUUCGAUGGCAAUGAAUAUCCUGGUGCAGCAAAUUUUUCACUUGGCAGCACAAGAAGCAACGACAUAGUUUUGGCAAGUGAUAACAUUGGAGCUAUCCAGGACAGUCCUAUAAGCUUCCCUCUCUUGAAAACGAAUCAUCUUGUCGGGGAAGAACCAGAGGAAAACCAAUCGAGAUUCUUCUGUUCAUUUCCACGGAAUCAACUGAGUAAAAUGCAGUUUUCAGCUUCAGGCUCCAACAUAAUGGGAUCAAGACUCGGUGAAGGAGCAAAGAAAAUGUUGCCUCCUAGGAAGGCAAGCAUACCUACGAGGAUGCAUUCAUUCUCACACCAGCACCAUAGUGGAAAGACCAUUAGUGACAUAAAAGGCGGUAAUAUGGAAAAUCUAGCUCUACGUGACACAUUGUUACUUGAACAGGGGAUAAUUGAGCAGAGCCAGAAAUCCGUGGGGUCAUUAGAUCCUUACUCAAAUGACACAAUUCCAGCAAUGCAAUUGCUAUCUUUGAUGGAUCGGGGAAUGAUAUCCAGUUCUUUCAAUGUGGGUGCGAAGAAAUUAGUCGAUAAACCCUUUUCUCCCUGCAAUCACCACCCGAGGUUCAACAGGGAAAAGAAUCAGAGUUUACUCAAUCGAUCCCUCUUUUCACAGCAGCAUCAUUCUAAGGAUCUUAUUUGGUUACGGUCCGGUGUUCGUAGUGCUUGUGAAAGCUCGAAGAAGCCUGCAUCUUCUUUGAAUUAUCAAAUGUCCGCUAAAUGUUUGGAGCAAGAAAACUCAGGAGGACCACAAAAAUCUGAAUCCUCAAAAGGCGCUUCGCAUGUUAUUCGAGAUUCUUGUUUUGGUAUGGAUAAGCAAAAAACUAUCCUUGAUACCUCAAGUCCUAUGGUUUUUCCUCAACAAUCUUAUAGACAUGAAGGUCUAUCAGGGACCAUGAACUUGGAGGCCUCCAUUAAACUUUCAACUCAGCCAAUGAGAAGCAAUUCGAAAAUGGAUCUUUGCACUCUCAAUCGAAACCCUGCUGAAUUCAGUAUUCCAGAUCCUCAAAACAAGUACACCAUAGGUGCAAAAGAUUUGAAGUUGCGAAAGAGGAAUAUUAAGGUGAAUGUGCAAAAGAGACACAGGGUUAUAAAGGAUGCAUCAGUGAAAAAGAAUGCAAGAAAAUAG